CGGCAGCCCCCCGGCCUCCCGCUCGCCACGUGUCGUGCCUUCAGCAAAAACAAGAUCCUGGUGGAGAUGGACGAGAGGUCAGGAACGGGAGGGGGCGUCGCCACGAUGAAGUUCAAGAGCCCCCCGGUCAACAGCCUCAGCCUGGACUUCCUCACCGAGUUUUCCAUAGGUUUGGAGAAGCUGGAGAACAACCGGGCCUGCCGGGGCGUGAUCUUGACAUCCGCCGUCCCCAAAAUCUUCUCAUCUGGCCUGGACAUCACCGAGAUGUGCGGGAAGAGCACGGAGCACUACGCCGAGUUCUGGAGAGCCGUGCAGGAGAUGUGGCUCCGGCUGUACGGUUCCAACAUGGUGACAGUCGCUGCUGUCAAUGGGUCCAGCCCGGCGGGAGGCUGUCUCAUUGCCUUGUCCUGUGACUACAGGAUCAUGGUGGAGAACCCCAAAUUCAGCAUCGGCCUGAACGAAGCCCAGCUGGGCAUUGUGGCUCCCUUCUGGUUUAAGGACACAUUUGUGAACGUUGUAGGACACCGAGUUGCUGAACGCUCCCUCCAGCUGGGCUCCCUCCACCCCGCACCUGAGGCCCACAGGUUUGGCGUUGUGGACGAGCUGGUGCCCGAGGAGAAGCUCCAGGAGAAGGCUGCGGCUGUUAUGGCGCAGUGGUUGGCCCUUCCCGACCAUGCUCGUCAGCUCACCAAGUCCAUGAUGAGGAAGGCGGUGUUGGACCGCCUGGUAGCUCACCGGGAGGAAGACAUUCAGAACUUCAUCAGCUUCAUCUCUAAAGAGUCCAUCCAGAAGUCACUUCGCAUGUAUAUGGAGAUGCUGAAGAAGAAGAAGAGCUGA